AUGGCCGCCCUACUGGAGUGGACGGAGGACUUGGCUGGGAGUGGAUGCAGGACUUGGCUGGGAGUGGAUGCAGGACUUGGCUCGGAGUGGAUGGAGGACUUGGCUGGGAGUGGAUGGAGGACUUGGCUGGGAGUGGAUGGAGGACUUGGCUCGGAGUGGAUGCAGGACUUGGCUGGGAUAUACCGCCCCCCACGCUCAAAUGAGAACUACUUAGAGUGCCUGUGUAGUUCCAUACGUAACAUUUCCAGCAACAACAGGAAAUCCAUUGUGUGGAUAGGUGGCGACCUUAACCUGCCCGACAUUGAGUGGUCCAGUUCAUCUGUCAUUGGUCAUCGGUACCCACAAAGCCUUAGUAAUAAUUUCAUCACCACACUGGCCGAAUCUGGACUUGAUCAGAUUGUUUCGUUUCCCACCAGACUAGACAACACCCUAGAUCUGUUCCUCACCAACAGACCAUCAUGUAUUAACAAGUGCCUCCCAAUUCCAGGCAUUAGUGAUAAUGAGAUCGUCUUCGUUGACACAGACAUCAAGCCUAAACGCCAAAGACCCGUGAGAAGGAAAAUAUACCUUUGGAAUAAGGCCGACAUGCAACAGAUCCGCUGUGAAGGAAAUAAGAUGAAAGAUGAAUUUGUAACCAAAUUUGACGCUUCAUCCCCUGUCAGCGAGAUGUGGGACACCAUAGAGUUAAAACUCUCCAAAAUCUUGGACCUUGUUCCAUCCAAAUUCACAUCUAGUCGUUUCAACCAGCCAUGGAUAACCCGCAAAAUCAAGCAGCUCAGUAGGCAGAAACAACGUGCUUACAACAAGGCUUGCUCCCAUCGCCGUCAUCGCAAUCACCGUCACUGGGCCAGGUACAACGUCCUGAAGAAACGUAUGCAGAACGCAUGCAGAGAAGCAUACAACAACUACAUCAACAACAUUGUGUGCCCAGAUCUCAAGUCAAAUCCCAAGCGUUUCUGGAGCCAUAUCUCAAGCAAGCGCUGUGACAACAAUGGUGUUGCCCCUCUUCGUGGCCCCAGAGGAGCUACAUACACUGGAAGUAAGGAUAAGGCAAAUAUUCUCAACGACCAGUUUUGUUCAGUCUUCAACAAAGAUGAGGAUCCAUCCACCAUGCCAGUCCUUGGCCCUAGUCCAUUUCCUACUAUGGAUCACAUACAGAUAAAUGCCAACGGCGUAAUCAAAUUGCUGAAGAAAAUAAAUCCUCAUAAAGCCACCGGCCCAGAUAAUAUUCCAGCUCGUCUGCUGAAAGAACUUGCUAACAGCCUUGGACCUGUGCUCUCCAUCUUGUAUCAAGCCUCGUUGGACAGUGGGGAUCUCCCUGAAAUAUGGAAAUCAGCCACCGUUGCACCUGUAUUCAAGAAAGGAGAUAGGAAUAAACCAGCCAACUACAGGCCCAUCUCACUCACAGCCAUCUGCUGCAAUCUUCUAGAGCAUAUCAUACACAGCUCCAUCAUGCAGCACUUCCAGGAUUACAACAUCCUGUCCGACAAUCAACACGGUUUCCGUAAAGCCCGCUCAUGUGAAUCCCAGCUCAUCAUCACCAUGGAUGACAUUGCCCACAACCUGGAUGAAGGUCUUCAAACUGACCUCAUACUAUUGGACUUUUCGAAGGCAUUUGAUAAAGUUCCCCAUCUUCGUCUCCUCCAUAAGCUGAAGUACUACGGCAUCGAUGGCAGUGCACUUACCUGGAUCAGCAACUUCCUUCAGGGCUGUAUUUCUGAAGACUCCAGUGUUAGACUGUUUGCUGACGACAGUGCUAUCUACCGUGUCAUAAACAACAUCGACGAUGCCGACCAGCUCCAGCAGGACCUCAACACCAUGCAGGAGUGGGAGAGGAAAUGGCUCAUGGAGUUCCAUCCAGAGAAAUGUCAAGUACUUCGCAUCACCAAACGUCGCAAACCGCGUAGUGCUGCCCGGUACAUUAUGAAUAACUACUCCAGAGACAGCAGUGUCAACACCAUGCUGAGUAAACUGGGCUGGGAGUCUCUACAACACCGAAGAGCCAUCUCCAAAGUCACAAUGAUGUACCGGAUCACCAACAAACUCAUCGACAUCCCAGACAACCACCUUAUCCAGGUCAACUCAUCUACCAGAGGUAACAGCCAGAAAUUCCUCAUCCCACCCACCCGUACAACCUUACUGAAGGGCUCCUUCUUCCCAGACACCAUCCACCUGUGGAACUCACUGCCCCAGCAAAUUGUUGAGUCACCAACCCUGGAUGUCUUCAAGACCAGAGUGAACGGUGUCACCUUCAGAUAA